UUCAGCUGACAGUCUACAUGAUGGCGACAGAGGUUCAGAGCGGCGACCUCGACAGUGCUACUUCCAGCCGGCUCGAAGUUUCCAUCGAUGGCCUCACCCUCAGUCCCGACCCGGAGGGCGAGCAGGGCCAGGUCGAAGAGCCGGACCCCGAACCCGCGGAACCCGAGACUGAUACGCCGGGUGCCCCGGGAGGCGAAGAUGGAGAGACAGCCAAAUCAGCGAUAGAGGGGAAAUGGGGCUUUCCUCUGUUGGAGCUCUACGGAAUGGGCCUUAAAUUCUUCAAAGAUAAAGAUGGAAAGGCCUUUCAUCCGACCUAUGAGGAGAAGCUUCGACUGGUGGCUCUGCACAAACAGGUGUUACUGGGCCCUUAUAAUCCUGAUGCUUCACCUGAGGUUGGCUUCUUUGAUGUCCUGGGCAACGACCGCAGGAAAGAGUGGGCGUCCCUGGGUAACAUGGAGAAGGAGGAGGCCAUGGUGGAGUUUGUCAAGCUACUGAACAAGUGUUGUAACCUAUUCGCUCCCUACGUCACUUCACACAAGAUCGAAAGGGAGGAGCAGGAGAGGAAAAGGAAAGAAGAAGAGGAGCGUCAGCGGCUGGAGGAGGAAGAGAGGGAGCGACAAAGGCAGGAGGAGGAGAGACGGAGGCUUGAGGAGGAGGAAAGGCUGAGGCGAGAGGAAGAGGAGAGGAGACAGGCGGAGGAGGAAAGGCUACGGGUUGAGCAGCAGAAACAACAGAUAAUGGCGGCACUGAAUGCGCAGACUGCCGUGCAGUUCCAACAGUACGCUGCUCAGCAAUACCCCAACAGCCCAGAGCAACAACUCGGCCUCAUCCGUCAGCUCCAGGAGCAGCACUACCAGCAGUACAUGCAGCAGCUCUACCAGGUCCAGCUGGCCCAGCAACAGGCGGCCUUACAGAAGCAGCAGAUGCAGGCUGAUUCGAUGGUGCAGGGUACCCUUGAAUCUAGCGGCUUCAACAGUGGUGAGCCCAUCGCCGCCUCAGCAGCAGGACCAUUGUGUGCAGCUUCACCACCUGCUGGCGAGGAAACCCCAACAGUCAACGGGGGCCAGUCGGACUCGUACUCGGAGAGCAUGGACAGGGAGCCUGAGCCUGAACCGGCAGAGGAGGUCUCAGAGAAUGGGCCUUUAUUAGCAGACUCCCCACCGGUCAUAGCUGCUCCUUCCAUGUGGACACGGCCACAGAUCAAGGACUUCAAGGAGAAAAUCCGGCAGGACGCAGACAGUGUGAUCACAGUGGGGCGUGGCGAGGUGGUGACAGUGCGUGUGCCCACCCACGAGGAGGGCUCUUACCUGUUCUGGGAGUUUGCCACGGACUAUUAUGACAUCGGCUUCGGGGUCUUCUUUGAGUGGACGGACGCUGCUUCUGCUUCGGUCAGCGUGCACGUGUCGGAGUCCAGCGAUGAGGACGAGGAUGAUGAAGGCGAGCCUCCCAGUGAGGAGGAGAAGGCAAAGAAGGAGGCAGGGAAGCCUCAGGUGGAUGAGAUUGUGCCGGUGUACCGGCGGGACUGUCACGAGGAGGUGUACGCCGGCAGCCACCAGUACCCCGGCCGCGGCGUCUACCUGCUCAAGUUUGACAACUCCUAUUCACUCUGGCGCUCCAAGAGUGUUUACUACAGAGUCUACUACACCAGAUAAGCCUGAAUACAGACACAGGGGAGCCAAGGAGUGUGUAUGUCCAUAUAUGUGUGUGUGAGUGUGUGUGUGUAGGUUGAGAUUUGUGCGAUGGCAGCAAGUAUGUAUGUAUGUAUGUAUGUGUGUGAAGGAGAUGGUGAUACCAGAUGCAUUCUGGGCGAAACCACCAGAGGGCGACAAAAAGACACAUUUGGAACCUGAGUUUUGAGAUGGGACUAAUAUGUAUGUGCGUGUGUGUCCCAAGAUACACCCAAGCCAGAGCCUGUCAUCGAGCCCUUGGAAGAGGAGUGUGUGUUCCUGUUGUAUAUUCACCACCUGUCCUCGCUGCGCUCACAUAAACCAAGCUGUAGGACUUUGCGCUCAUAUUGUAUUUGACCACUUUUCACCCUGGGCUCCUCUUCUGUCACCACCCCAGCCCGACACUGUCCAACGUGGCCUUGUGGCUGCUUCUGCCCUGAGUGACGCUUUCAUAACCACGAACAGAAACGCGGUGAGUCCAGCACUCUGCGAGCCAACGUUUCCUGUUCGGCGGUGGUAGUGGUUGUUUAUCCCACAAGAACACAGACAAUGUUGAAAAUCUAAUUAUAUUGCAAAUGUACUUCAUAACACUAUGCCUCUGUUCCACAGAGACAGUCUGGUCUUUGCCAAGUCUCUCACACACAUUAAAAACACCAUUGUACACAAACUUAAUCUUUUUUUUUUUGUUGUAGAACAGUGGUCCGUUAUUCUCCCACCAUGCAUAUAUGAAAAUCUGAGAGGAUGUUCAGUUGAAGCAGUGCUUUUUUUGGCUUUAUUCCUGCAUAAAAACACUCUUUCACCUUUUUUUUUUUUUUGAUAAAUUAACAGAGUGCACCAAGAGUAAAUUUUUUUAUGAAGUCUACUGGCUAAAUUUAUGAAAGACAGGCAAAGGAGUAUAAAACAACACGCACAUGGAAAAGUAAGCCCCCUCCAGCUUUAUAAACUCAAGCAUCUCAGUGUGAUACAGAAUAAGAAAAUUUAAAACAAAUUACUAAAUAAAUAUUUGUUCUCCCUUUCUCCUACAAAUGCUUUUAUCUCUGUGUCUGUUUCCACAUGGCUGAUUACAUUUAAUCAUCAACUGUCCUCUGCUCAUCAAUUCCUCAUGAUCGAAUCAAGAAAAGCGGAGCUAGUAUUACGACAGAUGUUUCAUGAAUAUUAACAGGGAGGUUUUUGUGUUAAUCGUUCUGGGUUCUGACACAAAUACACCUAACAAUUAUUACAUGUUUUGGAGGUCAUGACUCACUGUUACAUCUCAAAUCAAAAUAGCAUAAAACGCAGUGUUGCCGUUAUGUUUCUUUUUUUUUCUUUCCUGGUAUAAAUUAACUCAUUUUCAUCUCAAACAAGGUAUCUUGGAUGAACUGAGAUACUUUUUUUUGUCUCUUUGGUGACGUGGUUGCUUAUUAACUCAGUUGUGGCAUUUAAGUGUAUUCAACUUUUUUUUCUAAGUUAAUUUGUUGCCAUACUUUAGAUUCAUUCUAUCUUUACAUUGCAUAUGGAUGCUUUGGGUACCUACCACCUAGGUGCAUUAUAAGCAGUGUAUGCAUUGUGUUAGGUAACCGACGUCAGAGACAUUAAGGUUUCACUCACUGAGCUGUAUUUGUACAUUUUUGUGUGUGUAUGCAACCCAACUUUAAAGACACAGAGGCGGCAUAACUUGCAAGUUGAGUAAUCCUCCAAUGUCCUUGCUGAGUGUUUGUUCAUCAUAUUAUUUAAUCAGAGGCCACUCCUGCCUCCCAUCCAUUCAGUGAUUUGUGUAACAAAGUGUCACGAUGGCUUAACCAAGCCAUAAAGUUUAAGAAAGUUCUGAUGUGUGAUGUUUGUUUUUCAUAUUGCUCACCAAAUGGUUUGAGUUGACUUGUUCAAGCCUUGUAUGUAAAUAAUUCUAUAAAUGAGUUUAUGUAUGGAUUUUCAGAUGUGGAAAGAAGGCUAUGGUUUUGAGAAUCAAUGCACUGUAAAAUAUGGUGAAUGAGAUAUAUGUAUACAUUUUACCCCCUGAAUGAAAGUCCAAAACUCGUAGGAAGUAUACAAGACUCUAUUGACAUGACAGACAGAAAAGCUCAUCUUUUUGUAUUGUUUUGACUUGUUUGGAUCUCUUAUGAGUUGCAAGAUCUUUUUUCUGGGCAUAUAUUUAAUCUUGAUUAAACUUAUGUUCAUCUCUA